CUAUUGGUUGAAAUCACUUUCAAUCUGCUCCAUACCCUCGCCUCCUGUCGCCCACUGCAUACAUAAGGUAGUAUAAUAAGAAUACGGUACAAAAGGUUAUUGUCUGCUGCAGGUUCAAGGGAUAGAACGGGUUUGACUGAAGGGGUCGGGGUUUAGGUUACCAGGAUUAAAGGCUGUUUGUCACUUUUCGAUUUUUUUUUUUAGCCAAGACUCAGCACAACUGCCGCACAUGUUCACGCGAUUAUUUAAUAUAGCGGGACAGAGCCGAGUUAAGGUUUUUCUCAGAUCGAGCGAAAGAACAGUGUGGUUUGAGAACGCCGGGGGUGGCUCCAGACAUCGUGUGUUAUUGUGAUUAUUGUUAUUUGCACCACUUCAACUGCUGCUGGACUUCCAGGGUACAGUUGGAUCAAAAACCAGGAGGGACACCGACCCUCCAGGACCAGGAUUGAACACUCCUGCUCAAAACGGACACAGCCUUAUUCUACCAACAAACAUUCAGAACACAAAAUGAAUAACCUUUCCUUUAGUGAGCUGUGUUGCCUGUUUUGCUGCCCUCCGUGUCCUAGCAAGAUUGCCUCAAAACUUGCUUUCCUACCCCCCAACCCCACAUACACCCUGAUAUGUGAUGAGAGCGGCAGCCGGUGGACUCUGCACCUCUCGGAACGAGCAGACUGGCAGUACUCGGCCAGGGAAAAGGAUGCCAUUGAGUGCUUCAUGACCAGGACCAGUCGAGGAAACAGAGUAGCCUGUAUGUUUGUUCGCUGUUCCCCAAAUGCCAAGUUUACCCUGCUCUUCUCUCACGGGAAUGCUGUGGACUUGGGCCAGAUGAGCAGCUUUUACAUUGGAUUGGGCUCUCGAAUAAACUGCAAUAUCUUCUCCUACGAUUAUUCUGGGUAUGGAGCAAGUUCUGGGAAGCCAUCAGAGAAAAACCUCUAUGCAGACGUUGAUGCUGCCUGGCAGGCACUCCGGACACGGUACGGUAUCCGCCCUGAAAAUGUGAUCAUAUAUGGCCAGAGUAUAGGAACAGUACCAUCUGUGGACCUCGCUGCACAGUAUGAGAGUGCAGCUGUCAUUCUGCAUUCUCCCCUGACCUCUGGAAUGCGGGUAGCUUUUCCAGAUACAAGGAAGACGUAUUGUUUUGAUGCGUUUCCAAACAUUGACAAAAUUUCUAAGAUUACCUCUCCAGUGUUGAUUAUCCACGGAACAGAAGAUGAAGUCAUAGAUUUUUCACACGGACUAGCACUAUAUGACCGCUGUCAAAGACCAGUGGAGCCAUUAUGGGUGGAAGGAGCUGGCCAUAAUGACGUGGAGCUUUAUGGACAGUACCUUGAAAGAUUAAAACAGUUUGUUGCACAUGAGCUGGUGAAUUUGUAAAAAAAAAAAAAAAAAAAAAAAAAAAAAAACUUUAAAAUGUAACUGUGAAUUUGUUUUGUUUCAUUGUUGUUUCUUGUCAUAUCAAUGUGGUAAAUAAGAUGUAAACCUGAGGGUUUUGUUUGCAAAACAAGUUUGCUGCCUUUUAAGAAAUGUGCAGGUUAUGAUUUGUAGAUAUUAAUAAUGAAGGUUUAUUUAAAAAAAAAAAAAAAAAAAAAAAAAAUGCUGGAAUACUAUAAUGCAGUCAGUCUAACUAGUUAACUAAUUUCUGUACUUGGUUCAAAGAAAGGUAAGGAUUUUUAUUUCAUUUUUUUAAUUCUUAACUGAAAAUAUAUGUAAUAUUUAAAAAGUACUGUACACAAAUAUAAUAAUAUAAAUUUAGAAAAUUGCUGAGGAAGUGUUGCCAAAUGUUCAGCAUGUCAGAAGCAUAUUUGUACGGAAACAUUUUUUAAAAAUCACAAGUAAGCUGAAAUGUAUGUUUGUCUGUUUUUUCAAAGAUAUUGUUUUACUAUGU